GCUGUGCAAUGCGGAGUCAAAAACAUAUAAAAGCUCGAAGCGUGUUUGUGUGUGAUCCAUUGCAAUUAUAAUUAUCAGUUGUUGCUGCAAAAAUGUCGCUGCACACCACAUACAAGGCAGAGUUUAGUGCGGAAGAACGGGCACAGAUUGACAAGGAAUUCAAUAGACUGGCAGAUACCACCUAUCUCGACCAUGCGGGGACCACACUCUAUGCCGAAAGCCAGGUAGCUGCAGCAGCGAAGGAGCUGCAACGCAAUGUUAUUUGCAAUCCUCACACAUGCCGUGCCACCGGCGACUAUGUGGACCAAGUGCGCUACAAAAUUUUGGAGUUUUUCAAUACCGACGCCGAUGACUAUCAUGUGAUUUUCACCGCAAAUGCGACGGCAGCUUUGCGCAUUGUUGCGGAAAGUUUUCAGUUUGCUGAAGAGGCAGUGAAAAAUGCCGAAGUGGGCAAUUUUUAUUACUGCCAGGAAAACCACACUUCAGUGCUGGGCAUGCGUGCGCUAGUCCGAGAGCGGUGUCGUGGUGUUUAUGUGCUUACACAGGCAGAGAUUGCACAAAACAUAACCACGAGCAAUGGAGCAUCGAAGGCGCCCGGCAAUGCCAAUUCCCUGGUGGUCUUCUCUGCACAGUGCAACUUUAGUGGCUACAAAAUGCCUCUGGGGGUCAUAGAGCAGGUGCAACAACGCGGAUUGUGUGAACAGGGAAAAUGUGUUUGGAGCAAUGAUUUAAUUGUAGAGCAACCACAGCUUGCCAACCACUACGUGUUGCUUGAUGCCGCUUCUUAUGUGGCCACCAACUUCCUCGACUUGCAGCGUCAUCGUCCAGAUUUCGUAUGCGUCUCAUUCUACAAGAUUUUCGGCUAUCCCACAGGAGUGGGUGCGUUGCUGGUGAGCCGUCGUGGCGCAGCGGUGUUGCGCAAAGGCUUCUAUGGCGGUGGCACCAUCAACUAUGCCUACCCCCACACAAUGGAGCACCAACCACGUUCCACUUUCCAUGAGCGUUUCGAGGACGGCACACUACCGUUUCUCUCCAUUGUCGAAUUGCUACAGGGCUUUCGAACGCUGCAGCGUUUGGUGCCGCCGACCCGCGAACCAAGCGUUCGCACAAUGGAGCGCAUAUCGAGACAUGUGCACGCCUUGGCCCAAUAUUGUGAGCAGCAGCUGAAGCAGAUGAGGCAUGCCAAUGGCACCCCAUUGAUCACCUUCUACAACCACACCGGCUAUGAAAAUCGCGCCACACAGGGCGGCAUUGUUACGUUCAAUGUUCGCACCGAUAGCGGUGGCUUUGUGGGAUUCGGAGAAAUUGCUUGCAUGGCGGCAUUGCAUCGUAUUCUGCUGCGCACCGGCUGCUUUUGCAAUGUGGGCGCGUGCCAGGCACACUUGCAACUGGACGAGGACACAAUGGAUGCGAUAUAUAAACGCGCUGGUCGCAUUUGCGGAGAUUAUUAUGAUCUGCUCAAUGGCCGGCCUACAGGAGCAGUGCGCUUAUCUUUUGGAUAUAUGACGCGACAGCAGGAUGUGGAGCGCGUUCUAGAAAUGCUGCGCUCCUGCUACCUGGCGAAGAAGCCGCAGCAGCGAAUGAGCUUUAUUGAGGCACAGGUAGAUCAACUACCCGCUGUGCUGCAGCAGCGCGCCAGAAUAUUGCGUCCAAGGGUGCUUCAAUUGGCCGUGUAUCCAGUGAAGUCGUGUGCUGCCUUCAAGAUUGGGCGGGUCGAGGCAAAGGGGGAUUCGGCUAUGCAUAUGAAUGGGCAAAUAAAGGCGGAGGAAACGACGCCAACUCGGUGGCCACUUACGACUAAAGGCUUACAAUACGAUCGCCAGUGGAUGAUUGUUGAUGUAAAUGGCAUGGCUGUUACGCAGAAAAAAUGCGUUGAGCUGUGCCGCAUCCAGCCCCGCAUUGUCGCCGAUCACUUAGAGCUGCAUUUUGGCGAAUCCGACCGAACGGUCUCUGUUCCGCUGUCCCUACAAGAGCAGGCAAAAUCAUCGGCGCGCUGCCUCAGCAAAGUUUGCAGGCAGCCCAUCGAGGGCUAUGAUUGCGGCGAUGAAGUGGGCAGCUGGCUCUCGGAAAUGCUGGGGGUCGAGGGCUUACGAUUGCUGCGCCAGUCUAGGCAACGCGUUGCCCCCAAAGGCAGCAGCUCGGCAGAAGGAUCAUCCAGUCCAAGCAGCAAAUCAUCGCCCACGCAACUAAGUCUAGUCAAUCAGGCCCAGUUUCUGCUGAUCAAUUGUGCCUCGGUUCGCUCCCUGCAGCUGGAUGAGCCGCUGGAGGACACAGUGGAUCGUUUUCGUGCCAAUAUAGUCAUCGACACGGAAACGCCUUUCGACGAGUUAAGCUACACGCAGCUGCGCAUCGGGCCCGUUGACUUCAAUGUGGAUGGUGUGUGCCAACGUUGUGAUAUAAUUUGCAUUAACCAAAGCACCGGGGAGCGGACGCCAGGCACACUGACCACCAUAUCGAGAAUGCAGAGCGGAAUGAUGAAGUUCGGCAUCUAUAUAUCGCAAUCCGAAAGAGACGCGGACUUGAAGGAGCAAGAAAUGUAUCUAUCAAUCGGCGAUGCCCUUAUGGUCUCGUAUUAAUAAGUAAGGCAUUAGGCGUUAGCUUCGACACUGGAGUGAAGAGUAAUAUUGGGGAUUUAUAUAGAUAUGGGGACCAGCAUUGUAGUUUUAGUCUAAAAUUCACCAGAGUUCAUAUGAAACUCUAAGUUAGAAUAAGAAGAAAACACUUGAAUGCAUUUACUCCUGGCAUUAGAAACGGCUUUUCUAUCAAAUACUUAUAACUGGAAUUGGGUUGGCAUGGGCUUAGCUUUUUUUAGAAUGCACAUCACUUAUUGUAGCUUCGUACUACAAAUAAAAACGUUUAUUCCAUUUAA